GGCUGACUCCCAGGGCCGCCACCGUCAACGCCGGGCGGACGAGCAGCCCCAGGAGAGGGGACCGCCUGAGGCCCGACCGCCACUGCUGGGGGCGGGCGAGUGCCCGCGGCCCCCUCUAACGCGACUUGGCGCCGCUGACUCGCCACCUCCUGCAGGGUAACAACACUAUCGCUCUAUUGCUCUACCCACCGUCAAUAGGGUGACUGCCGGGAUUAUCAUCCUCUCCAUCCUCACCGGCGAGCAGCUAAUAUUGGACUUGCUGGUGGCGGCAGCAGCGGCGGCGGCGGGAGUCUCGCUGCCCCUCUCCCUCCGCCCCAGCCUCCCCACCAUGUCCUAGAAAAGCUAUGGAGACCAAAGGCUACCACAGUCUCCCUGAAGGUCUAGAUAUGGAAAGACGGUGGAGUCAAGUUUCUCAGGCUGUGGAGCGUUCUUCCCUGGGACCCACAGAGAGGACCGAUGAGAAUAACUACAUGGAGAUUGUCAACGUAAGCUGUGUUUCCGGUGCUAUUCCAAACAGCAGUAAUCAAGGAAGCAGCAAAGAAAAACACGAACUACUCCCUUGCCUUCAGCAAGACAAUAAUCGAUCUGGGAUUUUAACAUCUGAUAUUAAAACGGAGCUGGAAUCUAAGGAGCUUUCAGCCACGGUAGCCGAGUCCAUGGGUUUAUACAUGGAUUCCGUAAGAGAUGCUGACUAUGCCUUUGAUCAGCAGAACCAACAAGGCAGCGUGAGUCCAGCAAAGAUUUAUCAAAAUGUGGAGCAGCUGGUGAAAUUUUACAAAGAGAAUGGCCAUCGUCCUUCCACUCUGAGUAGUGUGAGCAGGCCCUUGAGGUCAUUUAUGUCUGACUCGGGGAGCUCCGUGAAUGGUGGGGUCAUGCGUGCCAUUGUUAAAAGCCCUAUCAUGUGUCAUGACAAGAGCCCCUCUGUUUGCAGCCCUCUGAACAUGACAUCUUCAGUUUGCAGCCCUGCUGGAAUCAACUCCGUGUCCUCCACCACAACCAGCUUUGGCAGUUUCCCAGUGCACAGCCCCAUCACCCAAGGAACUCCUCUGACAUGCUCCCCUAAUGUUGAAAACCGGGGCUCCCGGUCACACAGCCCCGCACAUGCUAGCAACGUGGGCUCUCCUCUCUCAAGUCCGUUGAGUAGCAUGAAAUCCCCAAUUUCCAGCCCUCCCAGUCACUGCAGCGUAAAAUCUCCAGUCUCCAGUCCUAAUAACGCCACUCUGCGCUCCUCUAUGUCCAGCCCUGCAAAUCUCAAUAACUCAAGGUGCUCCGUUUCCAGCCCUUCCAACACCAAUAACAGAUCCACGCUCUCUAGCCCGACAGCCAGUACUGUGGGAUCCAUCUGCAGCCCUAUAAACAAUGCCUUCAGCUACCCUGCUUCUGGCACCUCUGCUGGAGCCGCUGCAACCCAGGAUGUGGUUCCCAGUCCAGACACACACGAGAAAGGUGCUCACGAGGUCCCUUUUCCUAAGACUGAGGAAGUCGAGAAUGCCAUCUCAAAUGGUGUGACUGGCCAGCUCAACAUUGUCCAGUACAUAAAGCCAGAACCAGAUGGAGCUUUUAGCAGCUCAUGUCUAGGAGGAAAUAGCAAAAUAAAUUCUGAGUCUCCAUUCUCAGUUCCAAUAAAGCAAGAGUCAGCCAAGCACUCAUGUUCAGGCACCUCUUUUAAAGGAAAUCCAACAGUCAACCCAUUUCCAUUUAUGGAUGGCUCAUAUUUUUCCUUUAUGGAUGAUAAAGAUUAUUACUCUCUAUCAGGAAUUUUAGGACCACCUGUGCCCGGCUUUGAUGGUAACUGUGAAGGCAGUGGAUUCCCAAUGGGGAUUAAACAGGAACCAGAUGAUGGGAGUUAUUACCCAGAGGCCAGCAUCCCUUCAUCUGCCAUCGUUGGUGUGAAUUCCAGCGGACAGUCCUUCCACUACAGGAUUGGUGCUCAAGGUACAAUAUCUUUAUCACGAUCGGCUAGAGACCAAUCUUUCCAACACCUGAGUUCCUUUCCUCCCGUCAGUACUUUAGUGGAGUCAUGGAAAUCACACGGUGACCUGUCAUCUAGAAGAAGUGAUGGAUAUCCGGUCCUAGAAUACAUUCCAGAAAAUGUGUCAAGCUCUACUUUACGAAGUGUUUCUACUGGAUCCUCAAGACCUUCCAAAAUAUGUUUGGUGUGUGGCGAUGAGGCUUCAGGAUGUCACUAUGGGGUAGUGACCUGUGGCAGCUGCAAAGUCUUCUUCAAAAGAGCAGUGGAAGGGCAACACAACUAUUUAUGUGCUGGAAGGAAUGACUGCAUCAUUGAUAAGAUUCGACGAAAGAAUUGUCCUGCCUGCAGGCUUCAGAAAUGUCUUCAAGCUGGAAUGAACCUAGGAGCCCGAAAGUCAAAGAAGUUGGGAAAGUUAAAAGGCAUCCACGAGGAUCAGCCGGCGCAGCAGCAGCCCCCGCCCCCGCCCCCUCAGAGCCCCGAGGAAGGAACGACCUACAUCGCUCCUGCUAAAGAGCCCUCCGUCAACACGGCGCUGGUUCCCCAGCUCUCCACCAUUUCCCGCGCGCUCACACCGUCCCCCGCCAUGGUCCUGGAAAACAUCGAGCCUGAGGUCGUGUACGCGGGCUACGACAGCUCGAAGCCAGACACGGCCGAGAACCUGCUGUCCACGCUCAACCGCCUGGCAGGCAAACAGAUGAUUCAAGUCGUGAAGUGGGCAAAGGUACUUCCAGGAUUUAAAACUUGCCUCUUGAGGACCAAAUUACCCUAAUCCAGUAUUCUUGGAUGUGUCUAUCAUCAUUUGCCUUGAGCUGGAGAUCGUACAAACAUACGAACAGCCAAUUUCUCUAUUUUGCACCAGACCUAGU